AUGUCAUCUUCAUCAGUAUCCACAGAUAUCUUACAAAUUGUUAAACAAUAUACACUUUGGAGUGGUUGUAUUAUAUCAAUUUUUGGAAUUAUUGGUAAUACUUUGAAUAUUCUUAUUUUUACUCAAUUAAAACUCUUUCGAUUCAAUCGAUCUGCUUUCUAUAUAACUGUUGAAUCGAUUUCAAAUUUUUUUUAUCAAUUUAUUGCAAUUAGUUUAAUCAUUUUAACAGCAAUAUAUGGAGAUGAUGUUACAUCACGUUCUCUUGCUUGGUGUAGACUUAGAUUUAUACUAAGUUUAACAAUUGUAAUUACUACAUAUUACAUGACAUGUUGUGCUGCAAUUGAUCAAUUCUUUUCAACAAAUUAUCAUGUAAAUCUAUUACAAAUAUGUACAUUAAAAGUAGCUCGAUAUGUUACUAUUACAUUAGUUAGUUUUGGAAUAAUUCAUAGUAUUAUUUUUGGUUUCUUAGCUUAUAAUAUACCAUUAAUUGGAUGUGUUAUAUCAAAUCCUAUAUUUCUUCAAUAUGCGACAUUUUUCUUCUAUCCAGUUUUAGCUGGUCUACUACCUAUUGUAAUCGCAGCAAUUUUUAGUUUAUUAGCUUAUCGUAAUGUUCGUCGGAUAAUUCGUCGACAACUGCCUAUUCUUCGUCGUCGAUUAGAUCGACAAAUGACAGCAAUGGUUCUUUCACGUGUCAUAAUUUUUGUUUGCUUAGCAUUACCUUAUAGUAUUUAUCGUAUUUAUGCUAUCAAUUCUCCUGCUUCACGAAGUCAACCAUUAGAAUUUGCAAUUGCACAAUUACUUCAAGCAAUUUUCUUUUCUCUUGUCACUCUAAAUUAUACGGUCAGUUUUUAUGUUUUUAUGAUUUCAUCACCACGUUUUCGUCGUCAAGUCAAAUAUGUUUUAGUCAAAAAAUGUUGGAACUUAUGUAAAUUUUGGUGUUGCUUGAGAAAUAAUCAAACUCAUCCAGAAAAUAUAGAACAAAUCAAUUCACACAUGGUACUCGAAGAAGUAUAA